CCGUCUUGUAUGUGUUCUAUAUGUAGAGGCUUACUGUAUACUGAUACAGUACCUACUCCUCUACCUCACCGUUAAAUCUAAUCCCUCUGUUCCAUUCUCAGUCCUCCAUAAUAUAAUAAAAGUCCUCAAUACUCAGUCCGUCUUCAGCCGCGGUGCAUUAAACGUCGCAGUUACCGAGCGCUCCGUGCGUUCGCUCUGCAGUUAUACACUUAUUAAUCACGAUUAUUAUAUUUUUGUUUUUACGAGUCACUUUGGUUUAAUUAACGAAGAUUAUAAUUUAUUUUCACAUAUUUGUUUUAUCAUAGAUGUGAAUUGUGAUUUUUAUUUUUCGGUUUUAUAAAAGUAUUAUGUUCAAAUCGUUAAUUAUUUUUUAUGUGACCAUAAUUAACUACAGCUUGUGAUUAAAUAUAAUGUGGCUGAGUUUUUUAAUGAUUCGAGUACGACAGUGAUAGCGAAUCAAAGAAAAAUUACUUCUGAAGAUAAAUAGAAGAUUUUUACAAAGAAUUUUUUGUUAAGUAAUUUCUUAAUAAAUAAAUCUAAAAAUGAAGUUAGAGGGAAAUAGUUCGAGGGACGAUGACGCCAAUGGAAUUUUGAUGCAACCGAGAAAGGGCUCGGUUGUAAGGGUUCAAAUUGUGCCGAUUCAACCAAAAACAAUCACACAUUUGCCAAAAAGGCCACCUGUUGACUUAGCAUUUACGGAUUUAACUUACAAAGUUCGGGAAGGACGUAAAGGAAAUGAGAAGACUAUUCUCAAAUCUGUAAGUGGAAGAUUGAGAUCCGGCGAACUUACGGCAAUUAUGGGACCGUCUGGCGCUGGAAAAUCUACUUUACUUAACAUUCUUACCGGAUACAAAUCAUCAGGAAUGGAAGGCAGUAUAACGAUGAACGGCCAUGAGAGAAAUUUGAGUAGUUUCAGAAAAUUAUCCGCGUAUAUCAUGCAAGAUAAUCAAUUACAUGGUAAUCUUACCGUUGAAGAAGCGAUGAAAGUCGCCGCUAGUUUGAAAUUGAGCAACAAAGUCGACAAAGCUGAAAAAGAAGAAGUCAUCCAAGAAAUCCUUGAAACACUGGGAUUGGCGGAGCACCGUCGCACAAUGACCUCGAACUUGAGUGGAGGUCAGAAGAAACGAUUGUCCAUAGCAUUGGAGCUGGUAAACAACCCCCCGGUAAUGUUUUUCGAUGAGCCAACAAGUGGAUUAGAUUCAUCCUCGUGUUUCCAAUGUAUUUCAUUGCUGAAAACACUCGCUCGAGGUGGAAGGACGAUAAUAUGCACAAUUCAUCAGCCAAGUGCCAGAUUAUUUGAAAUGUUUGACGCGUUGUAUACUCUAGCAGACGGCAAAUGUGUUUAUCAAGGUUCUACGACGCAGUUGGUGCCAUUUUUGCGCUAUCAGGGACUCAAUUGCCCGAGCUACCACAAUCCGGCGUCCUUCAUAAUCGAAGUAUCCUGCGGUGAAUAUGGAGACAAUAUUUCAACAAUGGUCAACGCGAUAAGAAACGGCAAGAAUGACAUCCGCGACGGAUAUCCUUUCCCCGACUCAAAAUCCGACAACCUUAACAAUGCGCUUCAAAACGGCCUCAAGGACGAGAAAUCAGCCUUGGGAGUGCACGAGAUGAUUCCCAUGAUCGACAAAAACGACGCCAGCAACAUCAAAGACAAGUUUGCGGAUAGCAAGGAUAACCUCCACUUAAACGACAAUCACACCAACAGCACAGUAAUCCCUAAGUACGUGACAAAUGAGAUUGCCAAACACGGUGACAACCUGGUGAUCACCGUCGACGACAAGAAAGACAACAUUGAUGUAAAUACGUCUUUGUUGGACGAAUCAAUGGUCCUCACUCCAGAAAGAUACCCUACCUCAGAGCUGACGCAGUUUUGGGUUGUUCUAAAACGCACACUGCUGUUCAGUCGUCGGGACUGGACGCUCAUGUACCUCCGUCUCUUCGCUCACAUCCUGGUGGGACUUCUCAUCGGUGCACUUUACUAUGAUAUCGGAAACGAUGGUGGUAAAGUCCUCAGUAAUUUAGGGUUCCUGUUCUUCAACAUGUUGUUCCUGAUGUAUACUUCGAUGACUAUCACGAUACUGUCGUUUCCACUGGAGAUGCCGGUUCUGAUGAAAGAGAACUUUAACCGGUGGUACUCGCUUAAGUCUUAUUACUUAGCUAUUACUAUUUCGGAUCUUCCAUUCCAGACAAUUUUCUGCGUGAUGUACCUAUGUAUCGUCUACUUCCUAACGAGUCAACCAGUGGACGCGAUGAGGUUCAGCAUGUUCGUAGGCGCUUGUUUGCUGAUUUCAUACGUCGCACAAUCAGUAGGACUAGUAGUGGGCGCUGCGAUGAAUGUCCAGAACGGCGUGUUCCUGGCACCAGUGAUGUCAGUUCCGUUCCUGCUGUUCUCCGGAUUCUUCGUCAGCUUCGACGCCAUUCCUGUAUAUCUUAGGUGGAUCACGUACUUGAGUUACAUCAGAUACGGGUUCGAAGGAACUGCGCUUGCUACUUAUGGAUUCGCACGUUCCAAGCUCAAAUGCUUCCAGCCAUAUUGUCACUUCAAAGAACCAACGACGACGCUAGAAGAACUGGAUAUGCUCGAUGCAGACUUCACACUCGACAUCCUUGCUCUUAUUUUGAUAUUCCUGGUACUAAGAAUCGCGGCCUACUUGUUUUUGCGUUGGAAACUUAAGGCUGCUCGAUAA